UUUGCGUUGCCUUUUUCCGGUGUCAUGGCCGCCCUGUAUGUACUGGUCGAUGGUUGGUGUCCUGUUUGUGACAUGUUUAAUUGAGGCUGUGCAGCAUGUGGUGGGCAACGUUAAAGAGAUUACGGGCGAUCGGUGGUCCCUGUAUCCGACCGUAUUGCAAGGCAGUGACCUCUUCAUUUCUCACUGAGAGAUUAGAACGUUUUGAACAGCUCAAAGAAAAGUAUUGCAAACAACUGUUGGAAAGAGGAGAGUUCAAUUGUCGUCCCAUUUGGAUCUCCCUUCCUGAUGGAAAGAAAGUGGAGGGCAUGUCAUGGAAGACAAGUCCCUUAGAUUUGGUGACUCAGUUCAGACCUAGCCUUGCAAAAACUGCUUUGGUUGCCAGUGUAAACGGAGAAUUGUGGGACUUGACAAGACCUCUAGAAGACAAUGGAGAAUUGCAGGUGUUUGAUUUUGACAGUACAGUGGGGAAAGCGGUGUUGUGGCACUCCAGUGCACAUGUUCUUGGUUGUGCCAUGGAACAGUUCUAUGGAGGAUCACUCUGCCAUGGUCCAAACACUGAAAAUGGUUUUUUUUAUGACAUGUAUUUGGAUAAAGGUUCAGUAUGCAGCAGUGAUCUUCAUUCUUUGGAGGAGUUAUGUCUUCAGAUUAUUAAUAGGAAACACUUUUUUGAAAGAGUGCAAGUCCCUCGGGAGGAACUGUGUAAGCUGUUUAAGCAUAACAGAUUUAAGUUGCAUUAUAUUGAGGAAAAGAUUAGAGAGCCAUCUGCCACAGUGUACAGGUGUGGAACUCUUGUAGAUCUUUGUCAUGGCCCGCACAUUCCUCAUACAGGCAAAUUAAAGGCAUUCAAAUUGGUUAAGAACUCAUCUGUGUACUGGCAAGGAAAUCCUAAAAAGGAAACCCUUCACCGUGUGUAUGGAAUUUCAUUCCCAAGCGUUAGGCAACUGAAAGACUAUGAAAAUGAGCAACAGGAGGCAAAAAAACGGGAUCAUCGUAAAAUUGGCAAGGACCAGGAACUGUAUUUUUUUCAUGAAAUGAGUCCUGGCAGCUGCUUCUUUCUACCUAAAGGAGCCCACAUAUACAACACACUAAUUGAUUUUAUAAAGAGUGAAUAUCGACAGCGAGGUUUUACUGAAGUUGUGACUCCAAACAUCUAUAGUACGAAGCUCUGGGAACGCUCUGGCCAUUGGGAGCACUACAGCAGCAACAUGUUUUCAUUCCAAGUAGAGGAAGAGACCUAUGCUCUAAAACCCAUGAACUGUCCAGGGCAUUGCCUGAUGUAUGAGCAUAGACCUCGUUCUUGGCGUGAAUUACCUUUGCGAUUGGCAGAUUUUGGUGUUCUCCAUCGCAAUGAACUUUCUGGCACUUUAACAGGUCUGACUCGAGUGCGUCGUUUUGCUCAGGAUGAUGCGCAUAUCUUUUGUACUAUGGAGCAGCUAGAAAAGGAGAUAAAAGAUUGUUUGGACUUCCUUCAAGCUGUAUACUCAGUUUUUGGAUUCACUUUUCGGUUGUUCCUCUCCACAAGGCCAGAUGAGUUUCUAGGGGAUGUUAAGGUCUGGGAGGAAGCUGAAAAGCAAUUAGAACAAAGCUUGCAAGAAUUUGGAGAGCCCUGGGAGCUGAAUCCUGGAGAUGGAGCAUUCUAUGGACCUAAGAUUGACAUUCAGAUUAAAGAUGCGAUUGGCCGCUACCAUCAGUGUGCAACAAUUCAACUGGACUUUCAGCUUCCUAUACGAUUUGACUUGAAUUAUGUGAGCAAAGGUGGUGAAUUGCAGAGACCAGUGAUGAUUCAUCGUGCGAUCUUGGGCUCCGUAGAAAGGAUGAUUGCUGUCUUAGCUGAGAACUAUGCUGGAAAAUGGCCGCUAUGGUUGUCUCCCAAUCAAGUGAUGAUCAUUCCUGUUGGUGUUUCUGCAGAACAAUAUGCACAGGAGGUGUGGCAACUGUUUCAUGACACCGGUUUCAUGGUUGACAUUGACACAGACACAGGAGUAACCUUUAACAAAAAAAUCCGUAAUGCUCAACUUUCUCAAUACAACUUUAUACUAGUGGUUGGAGACCAGGAACAAAUGAAGGGAACAGUGAAUGUACGGACCAGAACUGGGAAACAGCAUGGAGAGUUUCUGGUUGGUGAGGCAAUUCAAAGGAUAAGCAGACUGCGCGAUAUGAAGGUGAAGAAUGCUGAAGAGGAGUUUUAAACUACCACUUGUCUUCUAAACUCUUUGAAUAGCAAUUGGGAAAUCCAGAUAAAGAUCACAAUUGAAUAAGCCUUUGAAUACAUCCUGAGCCUUUGCUGGCUUAUAGCACCUCAGAUUACCUUUUUGUUACCAGAUGCAUUUUAUCUGAUCUGUGCAUAUGUGUGCAAUAAUCUAAUCAAUAUGUUACGUUGCUGUCUGGAACCACAUUCCUAA